UCCACGUUGCUGCGAAACCUCGGGGCCUUCAAGGCUGCCGACCUUAAGCAAGAGAACGAGGAAAAAAAUGAAGCAUUGCGCCAAGAAGAUUACAGAGAUGAAAGUAGACGGAAACAAACGAAAAGAAGAAAAAAGGUGGCCAAAGCCCUUCCAGGAUCACAGCCCCGGGUUUUUCGUCGUUGGCACGGGUCCGAGGUCAGCUGAUUCUGGUUUUCCGGAGAGAGAGAACGAGGGGGUUCUGGCCGCGGGUUUAUAUUUGGGCAGGCCCGGGGUGCGGAGCCAGAAAGCAAAGACUCUCGGAGCUCCCGUCAACACAGGAGGCGCCGUUUAGUGGCUUCCCGUGCACCUUCCGAAGUGCCCGAAGUUGGUCCUCCUCGCAUCGCUGUGCUCUCGCACCAGGCAGGCGUGUGCCUCAUCUGUGCUGUCGUGCGCUUGACGGACUCUCCGAAAAUGCCUCCCCCGUCUCAGCAGCAGGUGGACAUCGUCGGUGGCGCCGGCAAGGCUGUCAUCAAGGUUGUACAUCGAUGCACGGACGCCACGGAGAACCAGAACCUGGACCUUUCCGAAUGCCAGCUGAUGUCAUUCCCGGACGCCAUCUUUCAUCUGAUGAGGAACACUCGUGUUCUGGCUUGCGACCUCUCCAGCAACGUGCUCCGCAAGAUUCCGCCCAAGCUGCCGCUCAAGUUCACUCACAUCACAGAGCUGAAUUUGUCUCACAACCGACUGAGCAGCCUGCCCGAGGAGCUGAAGGAACUGCCGGAGCUCCGGCGACUGGACAUAUCGUACAACGACUAUAUGUCUAUGCCGUGGGUCAUCUUCCGCCUUCCGAGGCUCACAUACCUUGACGCCCGCAAGAACUACAUCUCAGACGUGGAAGCGCCUCGGCUUCGUUCCGUGAGCACUCUGCGCGAGGUUCACCUGGAGGAGAACCCUCUGUCUGAGGACGCUUGCCGCCGGCUGGAGAACAUCUCGCAGAUGGUGAUCCACGUGACCCCUCCGGGUUCCUCCGACUCGGACGACGAAUCGUCGGGCGACGAGAAGUGAUGGCUGACCAAGGUCGCCCUCUCGCUGCACACUUGCCAGCCGCGUGUGGCCCUUCUUCGCCUUCGGGUCGACACUGUGGGACCGUUCGAACUGUGCUGAUUUCCGGAAGUGGUCUCAUGUGCCAUUGGCCACCAUUGUGAUAUCGCGGUCGCUGGCUCUUGGAACGACACCCUUCGUACCUAACGCGCGCCAUCCAUGUCCUUCUUUUCUGAGUGUCCGUAAGAUGCGUGGCCCUGCUAGGCCACUGACUUCCCCGUCAAGAAUGCCGGACACUUGCUGCAGGGCCUGGCUGCGAUAAACAGCGUAGCGUGCCAGCGCACAAUUUGUGUUCGCCGGCAGAGGAGGCAAAUGCUGACGUCACGAAGUGGUGGUCAUGCUGGUCCUGCAAUAAUGCAUGUUUCCGUGCUCGUGCCUAGGACCUCGGUGUCACCACUUAGCAAUGCACUUAGUCAAAAUUACACAAGGGGUACAAGACGGCACAUUACUGUGAGAAUUAUUAUUCUAGACAUAAUGUCACGAUCUUGUUAGAGCUAUAAUUCCUUUUUCCUUUGGACAAUGGCCACAGUGGCGCUCUGCCGUAAACACCGUAGAUUAUCACCGUAAAUGAUCGGUCGGAGUGCUGCGUUAUUUCUGGCCCAGUGCGGCUAUGAAAACAUGCAAGCAAGAGCUUUCUGGCCUGAGCCACCAUUUCGUCCUCGGUUCUUUGCUCUGGGAGCCUCUCGACAUGGAAAGCCUACAAGUCGGAAAUCUGACCGAGUAGGUGACCGCUCCUAGGCGCGGCUAUAUGUCUAGCGACCAGUCCAGUUAAACUAUGUGUCCAAGGUCUCAGCACGAAAGAGUUAGCCACUCACCAAGGAGAACUUACCGUAUUUAUGAGGAAAUCGUAUGACUGCCUCUGAGCAACAACUUAAAAAAUGAGGUAGCCUACAUUAUUAAACUGGUUAAUGUUAAAAUUAGGUGACAGAUAUCGUUCUUCAUUUUGUCAGCCUCUCAGUGCGUUAAAUUAAGUUAUCCUUGACUUUUCAGUGUAAGCAGAGGGUAAAAACUCUUGGCGUUCACGGAAGUUCAUUGCAGGUUCACUGCGUGUUUUUUUUUUUUUUUUUUAGGGCUAAGCGAAAAGCAGCUGUGCGGAACAAUUUCUCCGCGGAAAUAAAGCUACACUUCACGUAAGGCCGUGGAUGCUCAAAGAAAAAAAAAUGUAAGCGUCUCAGGUCUUGGAGGACGGAUUGGACAUGCGUGAGUGGUCAUACAUUGUGUAAAUACUGAGGUCGAUAACUCGGCCGUUCGUUAACGGAGAGCAUUGUACAUAUACUUGUAGAAGCAGUAGAGCUAUUUAUUUCUCUGUACAUACAGAUACUUAUUUUGCAUACGAUGUUAACAAAUAUGAACACAGAGCUUUAAACGGCGAAUAUGCGGUGCCUUUUGAAUAUCCAUGUCAAUGUUUGGCCUUUCGUGGCAGGUUUCGGUGAGGAAUGAUAGACCGCUAUCAUCCAUCAGGUGAAGACUGAGCAAACGGUGCAUUAAGCCUUCUCCAUACUCUGUACUGUGAUUUCCUGAACCUUUGGUGAAGAUGUUGUGAGCCGCGUAGCUAAUUAAUUAAAAAAAAAAAAGCCAAGUGUUUCCAUCAAACUUUUAAACCUGGGUUAAUACUUUGCGUUAGAGUGCUGAUGCUAUAAAUUCGAGUUUUUCAGGACUCCAAUAUAUCAACCUAGCAGUUAGUAUUGCGAAAAGCCUUUGCCACAAAAAGACGUACAUCGCUAUAGUACUUCGAGAUGUUGCACGAAGCUUUCAGUUCGAUGCAAGAAAAAUCGUCUGACCACAGUGGCAACUGUACACGGCUGGAAUGUCUCACGGUGCUUGUGUAUUUAAAAAAAAAGAUCGGUAGCUUCUUCGUUCGAGCGCUGCUUAAAGAGGCAAAAACACGUAUCAGCAGCCCUCGCAAUGUCUGCUCGCGACGAAAACAACAUGUUGGCUAUGCUUUAUUUUUGUAAAUAGGAACCGAGAGGCAUACACAAAGCCCGCCGGAAUGCCAUUCCAUGUCAUAGAAGACAGCCGCGUGUGGCCCGAGAGUGAUGAGCACCGUUUGGAGUGCAACGCGCGGUACUGCGCUGACGAAGUGACGAAUUCGCAAAGCAAGGCCCACAGUGUUGUGAUAAUUGUUGUGCUCGUUCUUUGUGUUGUACGUUGCGCGCGCAUCGCGGGCACAGAUGUGCUGCCGCAUACUCUAGUCCUAGGUGUGUUGCCGCAAUAAGACAGGUGUUUUGAGCCAGUGACUGGUUGGAAAAAAAGAAAGGAGCUGGCGAGCUGAAACUGUCUCGUCUCUUGUUACAGUUCGGAACAAAGGUGCGAACACACGCACCAUUACAGCUGUCCUGUGACAGCCCUGUUAGAGGCACAUCGAUGUUAUGUGAUCCAGCGAAGCGCUCACUACGAGUCCAUCAUUCAGACUACCAAGCUAUGGAAUGUAGAUAUUAAAAAUGGUAAAGUCUGAAACGAAUCCUUAGCGCAGCAGUUUCCGGCGAUCUCCACGAUUAUGUCACGGAAAGCUUCGCUACUUGCCGCAUUCAGCCGACUGGGUUCUUGUACGAUUUUUCUCAAGAGAAAAUACUCAGAGACAGCAGGUUGCAGGAGGCACAAGUCGUGUAUUUUGUGUUUAGUGGUUACAAUUGGCGUGCACGUUUUCUAGUUGCGUUAUGUUAUUUUUUGUGUUCAUUGUACGAUCAGUUGUGACUGCGUUCAGCUUUGUAUAAUAGCGUGAUUAAAAGGAGGCUGCUAAUAGGGCAGUGACUUUCACUGGUCUUCCAUGGGACAGCAACGUCUGGAGAGCGGAAAAAAACGGAGAAUGAUAUUGAAAGUGCAAUAAAUGAAUAAUUUAUAGAAAA